AUGUCUUCCUCAAAUUAUACAUCAGAAGAAAGUUCUUCAGAUCGUAACGUAGAGAUAUGGAAAAUAAAAAAACUAAUAAAAAGUUUAGAAAUGGCUAGAGGAAAUGGUACGAGUAUGAUUUCAUUAAUUAUACCACCUAAGGAUCAAAUUUCAAGAGUAAGCAAAAUGUUGGCAGAUGAAUUUGGAACUGCCUCAAACAUAAAAUCAAGAGUUAAUAGACUUUCUGUCUUAAGUGCUAUUACAUCUGUACAACACAGAUUAAAGCUUUAUACUAAAGUUCCUCCGAAUGGACUUGUAAUAUAUUGUGGAACAAUUGUUACUGAGGAAGGAAAAGAAAAAAAAAGCGGAGUAGAAUUGGAAUUAGUGGAAUGCCAACCUUUAUUAGAAUGGCUAGCUAACAAUUACAAAAGUUUUGGUGCGACACUUGAAAUCAUAACAGACAAAUCUCAAGAAGGUUCACAAUUUGUCAGAGGGUUUGGUGGUAUAGGAGGUCUUCUUCGUUAUAAAGUCGAUUUUCAAAGCAUGCAAUUAGAUGAUUUAGACAUGGGGAAUGAGUAUGACAUUGACGAUUAUUAG